GGUAAGGAGCUUCACUUGGAAUCCAGGAAGUGACGUCACGGCGGCUAGUGGUGGAUAUGUUUCUGGAGAAGGAAAAAAAAAGCCGAGGACGUCUUAGAAAAUCCCCGCAGAAAGUAGGUGGGCCGAGGGAGCUUCACGGAGGGCGCCGUUUGCCUGCUUUCCUGCUCAGUGACGGGAACGUGAAAAGCGGCUUAUGGUGAGAAGUGGAAAUCCCGCUUCCCCAGUCAGAGAGCUGCCCGUGGGAGGCUUGACGGACUUGUGUUAUUCUUGGAGUUGAAGGAGCGGAAGGAGAGACACUGACUAGCGAGUUAAGUGGACUGAGCUUAGCAAAAAAAAGGCAGAAAAAAAAGAAAAGAAAAAAUGGAGAGAACAGCUGAAUGUGGGGUGAGGAGGCUGCCUGUGCCGCAUGUAACAACCCAAUAACUCCUGAGGAAGGUGUUUCACACGUUCACACCCUCUCAGGCCACCUUGGAAGUUGCAGCUGGGUUGCCUGGGUCAGGGAGGAAUCCUGGCAAGUGGGAUCAGUGACUGGGAGCCUCAUGCGUGGGCCAUGAGAAUGCUCUGCUGGGCCAGGCAGGCGGGACCGUGACAUGAUGGGCUGUGGGACGAGCAAGGUUCUUCCAGAGCCGCCCACAGAAGUUCAGCUGGACCUGGUGAAGAGCGUGGAGCCCUACACAGGGCACCAGAGAGACGUCUACAAGCACUUCAUUCGGGACGACGGCAGUGGGAGCAAGGCGGGCACAGAGAAAAUGGGCUCACCCUCCCCGCUGGCACAGGCCCCCCCUCCGCCACUUCCGGGAGGCGCCACAGACUCUGCGGACUCACGGCGCAGCAAGGUGGCCAAGUACCGGGCCAAAUUCGACCCCCGGGUGACGGCUAAGUAUGACAUCAAGGCCCUGAUCGGGCGGGGCAGCUUCAGCAGGGUGGUGCGCGUGGAGCACAAAAGCACGAGGCAGCCGUACGCCAUCAAGAUGAUAGAGACGCGAUACCGCGAGGGUCGCGAGGUGUGUGAGUCGGAGCUGAGCGUGCUGCGUCGCGUGCGCCACACCAACAUCAUUCAGCUGAUGGAAGUGUUUGAGACGGCCGAGCGCGUCUACAUGGUCAUGGAGCUGGCCACGGGCGGCGAGCUCUUCGACCGCAUAAUCGCCAAGGGCUCCUUCACCGAACGCGAUGCCACCCGCGUCCUGCAGAUGGUGCUGGAUGGUGUCAAGUAUCUGCACACGCUGGGUAUCACGCACCGCGACCUCAAGCCCGAGAAUCUGCUGUAUUAUCACCCGGGUGCCGACUCCAAGAUCAUGAUCACAGACUUUGGGCUGGCCAGUACCCGCAAGAAGGGCGAUGAAUGUCUGAUGAAGACGACGUGCGGCACGCCAGAGUACAUCGCCCCUGAGAUCCUGGUGCGCAAGCCCUACACCAAUGCCGUGGACAUGUGGGCGCUGGGAGUCAUCUCCUACAUCCUGCUGAGCGGUACCAUGCCCUUUGAGGAUGAGAAUCGGACCCGACUCUACCGGCAGAUCCUGAAGGGGAAGUACAGCUUCUCAGGAGAGCCGUGGCCGAGCGUGUCGAACCUGGCCAAAGAUUUCAUCGAGCGCGUGCUGACGGUGGACCCCAGCGAGCGCAUGACGGCUGGCCAGGCCCUCAAGCACCCUUGGGUCGUCAGCAUGGCCGCCUCCUCCUCCAUGAAGAACCUGCACCGCUCCAUCUCCCAGAAUCUCCUGAAGAGGGCGUCGUCGCGCUGCCAGAGCACCAAGUCGGCCCAGUCCACACGCUCCAGCCGCUCCAACAAAUCCAACAAGUCGCGGCGUGUCCGGGAGCGAGAGCUGCGCGAGCUCAACCGCCGCUACCAGCAGCAGUACAACGGCUGAGGCUCGUGGCAGACUGACCGGCCCCCCCCAGGGCUCACGGCAAAGCUGGGUGGACCCCCUCCCCACACGCGCUUUUCCCUGGUUACGUGAUUACGCUGUGUGGCGACAUCCAAUGAACUAACCUUUUAUUUCCGUCCCGCCGUUCUCUCCUUGUUUCUGUGACUGAUUUCUGUUUAUUUAUUGUUUUUUUUUUGUGAGUUAGUUAAGGUUAUGAUCGCGUGAAGGGUCCAUUGAAAAGAACUCAAAUAAGGCUUCCGGAGGAUUGUUAAAUGAAGAUUUCUGUGAAUUAUUGUACCAGAAAGGGGGUUGCAGGGGAGGGCCGAGAUUUGGUUUAUUUGAGUAAAUGCUAAUAGAUGACAAAAGACACAGUGCCUUUGUAGUGGCCAAAUUUGCGGUUCCGAAGUUGAGAUGAAUAUUGCAUAAAAGCCCUUGUGUGUCUUUUUUUGACUGAAGAGGAUGAUGUUGUCGUUCUUGUGCCAGCUGCCUCAAAAACCGCUAACCUGAUCCUCGUAGAUCCGCAGAUCUCUGUCAUAACUGAGCUGGAACGGCCGAACAAAUCCUCUUCCGAGCUGCAGUCGCUGGGCACCUUCCGGACCCCCACACGAGGGCUGCUGUCCUGUGCUGCUCGAGUAGGUGCAACACUGAGGUUCCUGUGUGUUCCAUGAUGUCACCCAAAAGGUGGGGGUGGUUCCCCUUGGACUCAGGCAGGAUCUUCUUCAGUGUUCAGCUUCUGCCUGAUCCAAAUUGGUGUGUUCUGAUUUAAAAAAAAUUUUUUUUUUGGUGUGCGUGCAUAAAUGUGCACACACGCGUUUGGCUGCUCACUUCUGUAGUUGCAUAUAAGUCAUCACUGGCCAGAGUGUUCCGGUGCACCUUGGAACUGCCUCCGUUCUGUCCAGUGACACGUCAUGAAGCUCAGCUUAAUGCCUUUAAAUCAUGUCAAGUGGGGUGUAGCAAACCCAAACCACCAGGCCAACAUAGGGAUGCAGAAUAAUGAGGACAAGGUCACUUGUGAGCCUCUCAUCCUGCCUCUGAGUCCCAGAACCAGAGGCGCCGCUAGGUGACUGCCUGCCAUCCUGGAUAUACUGUAGUUCUCUUUAUGUCUAUGGUCUUAAGAGGGAGGUGCUAAUGGAUUAAGUCCCGCCUUCCCUGUGCAACCUGAGCCACGGCCUGGGCAAGUUGUUGUCCUCAACUAGGUCUCAAGUUAGAAUCGGAUGGCUUUUUAAAUAUCAGAUAAUGAGGUCCACAGCUCUCAUUUGAGGUCUGCUAUCUAAAAAACCUUUUUAAACAUGGCUGAGGGAGAAGACGACUCUGCCCAGCUGAAAUAGUUCAGAUCAGAUGUUACAUCCUUGGGUAUCCCAGCUGCAUGGGAAGGUUAGAACUCUUUAAGUGAGGGUUUAUGAGUCAGGUCUCUCCCUUCAAAUGCUCGGCUGCCAGUGAUCAGGGUGGUUGUAGCGCAUCCAUUGUGAACUGUAACUGUAUCAGCUGCUGUGAAGUUGGUGUCAGUUUUGCCCUAAAGAGAUCUUUGCCCCACAGCAAGCAAAAUAAACUCGGUGUCAAGUCUUACAUUUUACAUGCCAGUAUUAUGUUACCUUGUCGUCUUCGGAAGCCUUUUGUAACUUACUCCUUUAAGAAAUUAACUGAAAAUAUGAAUCUGUCCGAAUGCAGCCAUCCAGCGUUGAACCCGUGUCUCUCACCAUCUGAUCGUUUAGGGAAAAGGCCACCCAAGGUAGAUGUUACCCAUUUUAUGCUGAGUACAUGUUCCUGCACAAACACUCAUUUGUAUAGUUGCAUCUUCUUUACUUUUUUUCCAACUGGAGGUGUGCUCUAAAAUGACCUUUUCAUAGGACUGAACUUUUUCUGUCCCUUGACUUUUGAAAUCGAUAUGUGAAAAUUCAGAAGUACUGGAAUUGCCAAAUGGCAGACUGACUGACUGGGCGAAGCCCAGCAUGGGCAGUGUGUUCGUCCAAAUCUGAGAGAAGCCGACUUUCAUUUCACUGUCGUCUUUUUUCUAGCUGUAUGAAGACUGCAGCCCUGUUUGACCUUUGACCCUUGCACUUUUACACUGACCUGUGGAUUAGAAUAUUUGAUGGGUCUUUUUAAUGGUGCGUGUCUUAUCCUUUUUGUCAUGGGUUACUGCUCUCCCUGAAGGAUUAUUCAUGUAAUUUUAUCAAAACUUAUAUUUUUCCUCCAGAGACUGCUAAAGCACCAUCUCUCUCAUCUCGUUUACAAAUCGAAAACAAACAUGUUAAUUCACCUAAUUUACGGUUUAGUGUAAAACUAUCCUUUUCCCUCCAUAUUUUUCCUCAUUCGUUGAUAAUUUUUGGUUUUCCGACUUAUUUUGGGAAAUAUGUAAAUCCAUGUUUUCCCGAAACACUAAGUAAUAUAGCCAUUCAUGUAGAGCUGUGGCAGUAAUGGCCGCUUGGCCAAAGGCACUCGACAAUCACCUAAGGGUAUGGUAAACCAAUUCCAAUAUCUUUUCAAAUGUGAUAUUUGUAAAAUGUUUUUCGUUGAAUAAUCCAUUAUUUUAACAAGCAAAAAUUGCAUUUUAAAAGUUGUAGUCUGUUUUUUUCCUGUCUUUCCUGGGGACUGCUCAGAUUUUCAGUAGGUCCAGUAGCUUGGACUGAGGUCAUGGUGGUUCUGAUGUAUGAAAGGAUGAUUACUCUCCAUGGAGUAAACUGAGCCAUAGAUGCAUACUUUAGGAAGCUCUGGGUGUGCAGCUGCCAAAUCAAAAACCAAUAUCGUAAAAGUACGAUUUUUAUUCAGUGUAAAAAAAAAUACAGAUUGAUGUGUAAUUAUUAUAUAAUUCAUGUCUGUUUAAAAUGUUAAACUUGUCCUCUUUCUUGAACCAGACAAAACUAGCACUGCUACCAAUAUUUUGAUAUGCAUUCCAUCAUAUGUUAAAUAUAUAUGUAUGUGUGUUUAUAAUGAAGGCUAAUGAUGAAUAGAUUUUUAAAAUUCCUUUUUUAAUGUAAAAGUUUCCUACAAAAUAAACCCAUAAGUUUUA